AUGUCGGAUGGCAUAGCAUUACUCAUCUUUAAUCUGGUAGUCGGAACCUUCACUAUGUGCCAGGCCCUUAUCAGUAUUUACAAAAUUUUCAGAAGACAGACGCCUGUUUUGACUGAUAUUGGUCAAAGAAAUAGAGUGACAAUAAUAAUGACGGCUCAAUCAAAAGAAAAUGAUCUGAUUAGACAUAUUGAUAAAGGGACCAACAUUGAACAAAGUUUGACUGCAAACGUACCGGUACAGAAUGCUGAUAAUAGAAACGAUUUAAACGAUGAGGUUGUAGUGUCUAUUGAUACCAUGGACGAGACACCCAACUCUACCCUAAACCAUCGUGAGACGAGAUCCGCAUUAUUCACUGGAUCCGAGUCGAGAGAAAAGUACUCGCCAGAAGUCACACAACUAGAUCUGGAGAGUCAGAAUGAUGAAAAGAUCGAGGGGUUGACCAGCAAAGUGCGAUUAUUAAAAGAGGUCAGUUUUUGUUGGAAGACUAGUAUGGAGGAGUGA